AAAUAAAAAUAAUACAAAUAAAAGAUUUUGGCACAGUAUGAGCCAAAGUUUUGAAAGCUUAAUACAUGGCGGCGGCGGAGGAGUUGCCGGCGAUGGCGUCUUUUCGGAACGACAGUCAUCGGAGGAUGUGCCAGAGUCAACUGCUACUACGACUACCACUACCACAACAACAGCCGGCGAGGAUAAUGGAGGAGGUGGAGGAGGGCGGGAGAUUGGGGCUGCUAGGGACGAUGAUUUCACCGAUGACAACAAUUUCGAAUCGAAUUUGCGACGACGCAAAGGCAAAAUAAUAUCCUGUGCCAAGGAGACUAUCGAGAAUGCUUCCCGCCAACUACGCCGCAAAGUGCCCUACGCUGGUCAUUUGAUGACGCCGCGUCGUCUUUGGUUGAACAAAAUACCCACACAAUGCGAUGUGGUCAUUGAGUUUCCAGAGGAUGCGCCAGAUGAGGCAUUGCGUUGGUUACUGGCCAGAAUAAGGUCGCAGCCGCCGGCCGGUUUGGGUCUUCUGGUACAGGUCAAGGCACACGAGAGUACACGACGGAAUGCCUUCUAUGUGAGCGCCCCAGUGAAUGUCCUCUUUAAGGCCGCCGAGGAAGCCCGCUUACCGAAACGUUUGCGUCCAGAUUUGGGUGGCGCUCUGCGAGAGUUUACCACACGAGAGAGUCAUUGUUUUCAACAGUUACGUGGUGAUGUCGGCAGCACGGCUCUAUUCACCUCACAGGAACGGCAAUGGUUGGUGUUGCAAGUUCUGCAGGGUUUACGUGCUGGUUGCAGUGACAUUGAUGCCCUUCAUGGUCGGGCUGCUGUGGCAGAGGGUCAGAGUAUUGUUGCCGCCUGGCAAGAGUCUGGAUUGAUCACACAGGUUUUUCCCCUGCACGAGUCCCGUUCGUUGACCCAAUUGCAAACGCAUUGGGUUAAACAGAUUUUUGCUCCACAACCUUUGGAUGAUAUUGCUGCCUAUUUUGGGGUCAAGGUGGCUCUUUAUUUUGCCUGGCUGGGACAUUAUACGUGUGCUUUGGGUGUGCCAGCUGUUUUUGGCACCAUACUUUAUUGCAUAUUAUGGGGCAAAGGACAAACUGCCCAGGAUAUGGGCCAUGUAUUAUUCUCAUUAUUCAAUGUGGCAUGGGCUUCGCUAUAUUUGGAGGCCUGGAAGCGUUACUCUGUGGAAUUGGCCUUCCGUUGGGGAACGCUUUCAACGCCACCCGAAUUACUCGAACCCCCAAGGCCGCUCUAUAAGGGUCCCCUGGAGGAGAACAAUGUGACGGGCCGUUUGGAACCCAAAGAGGCUCCAGCUUGGCAACGUCGUGCUUUUCGCUAUUUAGUUAGCUUUCCCAUAAUUGGCCUGUGCCUGUGUCUGGUUUUUGCUGUGAUGUUUCUUAUGCUACGUUUUCAGGACUGGUGGGAUUCCAAAUUACCCGAGGAGAGUGUCUUAUGCUGUUUGAGUGUCAUACCCAAAGUACUUUUAGCUGGGGCGAUUACAUUAAUGGACGAGGCCUACUUUAAGCUGGCAGUUUGGUUAAAUGACAGAGAAAAUUAUCGUCUGCAAUCGAAAUAUGAGAAUCAUUUGAUUGCCAAAGUGGCUCUAUUUCAAUUUGUCAAUUCUUUUCUCUCACUCUUCUACAUUGCCUUCUAUCUGCGGGAUGAGGAGAAGCUCAAAGAGCAACUGGCUGGUCUACUUAUUUCACGACAAAUCAUUGGUAAUUUACGGGAAUCGGCCAUUCCGUAUUUUGUUGAGCAAUGGAAGUUAGCCAAGUUAAGUUUCAAUAUGUGGGGUGCAUUGAGUCCCACACAGAAUGUAACCCGCAGUCUGGCCGAGGAAUUGGCCACCGCCGAGGAGCAGUUAAAGGCCGAAGCAGCAGCUGCUCCACAACAGCAGGGAGCAGCAAGUAAACGAAAUAUUGGACAGGCUGAAAUUGAAAGUUCGCUGUAUAAGUAUGAUGGAACUUUUUCGGAUCAUUUAGAGAUGCUGGUUCAAAUGGGCUAUGUAGUUCUCUUCUCAGCCGCAUUCCCCUUGGCUGGAAUUUGUGCUCUGAUUAAUAAUCUUAUGGAAAUACGAUCGGAUGCCUUUAAAUUGGCCCAUGUGCAUCAGCGGCCCUUUGGCCAACGUGUUGCCAAUAUUGGAACUUGGCAAAAUGCUUUAAGCAUUCUGUCCCUGGCAGCUGUAAUAGUUAAUUGUGCCCUAAUUGGUCUUUCCGGUCAGGUGUCGAGAUUGUGGCCGGGCUUAACCACAGCUCAAACGAUUAUUUUGAUUGUCACAUUGGAGCACAUCAUGUUGGGUCUGCGUCAGGCUUUGACCUGGUUGUUACCAGAAUUACCCUCUUGGCUGGCAGCGGAAAUUGCACGCGCCGAGCAUUGUCGACGGGAAAUGCAAUGUAAGGGCACCUCGCCACGUCCCACACCGCCCACACCGCAAUCGACCACAUCCACGCAGCCGGAACAGGAUGGAGCAAGCGGCAUGAUGCAGCAAAUGGAAAGUGGUGCUAAUACCACACAUGAUCAGUCCAUGGAGAGUCAGGUGGCUGAGGAUUUGUUACUCUAUGGCCACGAAUUUGGACGGAGCAUUGAGGCGGAUGUGAAUAUCUAUGAGAAUCGUGAUUCCUCACCAGAUUCGCCACCCUCACAAACGAGCACCAUUUUAAUUAGGCCUCUGCAUGAGUCUACUCCUCCACAUGGCGGUGCCUCUUUGACCAGUCUCCAUGGUCAGGAUAGUAAUGGCGGACCCUGUAAGAGUUGUAGAAAAGUAUCGCAAACCUUAAUACCGGAGAUUCCACCAUAUCUUGGAUAUUCUGUGCGUAAUUUAAGCGCUCUACCCAUACAAAGCCAAAGAAUUCAGCAGCAUUUCCAAAGCGGAGCUUCUGCCAGCACAUUUGCAUUGAAUUCGCCGAUGGGCGCCAGCUAUGCAGCACGAAUGCAAUCGAUGCUUAUACAGGAGAUACCGCCAUUCCGCAAGAAAUCGAGUGAUUCUGCCGAUCAUACAGGCAGCAGUGCGAGCAGCAGUCCACAGAGAGCAACCAUGCGGCAAUUGUCAUCAACAUCGACAGCAUCAGGCGGGCAGCAGCAACAGCAACAGAAAAUUGCCGAUAUUCCACCCUACAAGACACGCAAAAUAUCAGCGGAGGGUGCUACUCAUUUGCAUAUGACCGACAAACUACACAUUAAACUCCACGCACCCGAAUGGAUGUCACGUUUGAAAGUCAACGACAAUACGAAUCUACAUAGAAGCAUAGAUUGUAUUGCAAAGGAACUUGGAAGCAGUGCAGACAACUCAGAUGUCUUGAAACCGGCGCCUUCAUGGAGUAAUGUGGCACUUAAAUCUGGUUUGCCCACCCCACCAGCUUCGCAGCAACAGCAACAAAUUGUGGCAUCAUCUUCGUCUUCAUCAGGCGGUGGUGGAAGUGUGUUUAGUCCCAGUGGUCCUGGACCUGCAACAAGCAGCGGCAUUAGUAAUUCACAGUCCAGACCAAGUGUUGGAGCAUUAUCCAACUCAUCAUCGACUUCAUCACAAAAACAGCAGCAAAAACAGCUGGCCAAAGAAGAGAAGGAAAGGGAAAAGGAAAGAGAGAAAGAAAGGGAGAGAGAGAAAGAACGGGAGAAAGAGAAAGAAAAGCAACAAGAGCAGGCACAAAAAUUGCUGGAUCAGGCAGCCUCUACAUCGACUGGCAAUACAGACGAUGAAGCCAAAGCUGCAGAAUUGGCUGCCAAAAAAUCACGUCUCAAGCAAAAAUUGGUCAAGAGUGCCAGAUCAGUGGCCAUAUUUUCCCUUAAACUCAAAGAACGUAGGCAACGUGAGGCUGAAAAGGCGGCCACAAUUGCCGUUGAGCAUGCCAAGGCACUGGCCAAGUUACCCAUGCCUCAGCCAGUGGGAGGUGAAUUAUCUUUAAUACCCAUCGAGCAAUUAAUACAAAUUGAUGAUAUCAAACCUGCGCUGAAAUCAAGUACAGCAAGUAGUUCCCAAGCAAGUUCUUCAUAUGGAACUCACCAGCAACAUCAACAGCAGCAUCAGCAGCAACAUCAUCAUCAUUCACAUCCGCAUCAGCAUUCGGAUAAUUAAAUACCUUAACUAUGAACUAAACUAAUCUCUCGCACACUUUGUAAAUAGUUUUCUAUGCACCAUUUCUUUACAUUCAUUCCAUCUAGCAAAGUUUUAAAUGAUAAAAUUAUGGAAAAAAAACAAGAAAAAACAAUUGAGGAAUUUGCUGAACGUGUGUCUUGUCCAGAGAGUUGGAAGCAACUAAAUUAACUAAAACCAAUUAAUCAAGUGGAAGACAAAGAAAUUAUUUAAAAUAAUUAACUAGUGUUUACCAAAUUAAAUACCAAAAAAAAUAUAUAUAUUUGUGAAUAUUUGUCAAGUUUUUUGAAAGCAUCCAGAAACUUUUUCAUACACACA